AUGGCCAACUACUCACAAGAGCAUUUGCACAGCAGAAUGCUCCUAUGUGACUUUAGUCCCAUAAGUCUGUGGAGAGAUAACUGGGAUUUCAGAACACGUGCCAAGGCCCUGUGGCAUCCUAGUUAUCUAGACAAUGGAAGGAAUCAACCACUUGAUCAGGAAGGAUUCAGCAAAUCCUUCUGCUUGAGCACACCUGCGAAAAGCAGUGAUGCUUGGCGUUCUAGAGCGUUAGUCAUGGCAGAAGCAUCUCCCUGCAUUAACCGUCUGUAUAUAAACCGUGCCAAAGACUCUCAGGGUGACUCUUGCAGGGAACCCAGUGCUUAUGGCUGA